CGCGUCUCCAGUCUUUGGCGUUGGCGCCGGGCUCGGCCCGCCUGGAAUUUGCUGGACAGCGUCUGCCAAGCAGCGGAGCUCUGGAAACCGUUCUGCCUCGAUUAUUACCUCGCCUCUCUCCAGGUCUGGCCCUGCUCCUCGGCUGACGCUGAGAAGGCGUGAGGCAGCCUUAGACAGCCGCUAGGAGGGCGUGAUGGGGGACCAGGGAGAGCCAGACCACAUCAGUGUGGACCUCUAGUUGCUGGGGCCCAGAGUCAUACCCGUAUUUCUUCUCUGAACUAGCCAUUGCCCAGAGGAGCUGUACCCGGCGUCCUUCACUUCUUGGUGUUCCCCAACGUCAUCACCAUCAGAGAUGAGCCACCUUCUUUCCUGGAUAUUGGAGCAGGAGGGGUACGUCUUUCCAGGGAAGCUGGAGGUCACCCAGAGUAGAGGAAGAGGUAUUUUUACCGAAUGCAAUGUGCAUGGGAUGAAUUCCAGGAAUUUUCUUUCUGCUGGUGUCACCAUCUCUGGACCCACAGGGCAACAGAGCUGGAGAGUGACAAUGACUUGCUGCAAGUCACAGGGCCGCGUAGGGACAGGGACAGGGCUACAUAACAAGUUCUUCGAGGCCGUGACCUAAUCAGAGAGACCCUCUGGUGGGGGUACUGGUUGCGCAUCGAGUGCAUCGACUUUCUACUUCUCAGGCCUGAAACAAUGAGCUGGAUCAAUCCGUUGCUUUUGACUGCCAAUAAGUGCUGCGCGCUGAUUGGUCCUGGUUAAGGAAACGGAAGAAAAGGUGUGCACGUGGGACCUGCGGCGAGAGGCCUGGGCGCCGGGACGGAGCGCGUCUUGGGAGAGACCAUGGCGUCACUGAAUUGCAGCACCGCUGUCUGCGUUAUCUGUUUGGAGAAACCCAAAUACCGCUGCCCCGCCUGCCGCGUGCCCUACUGCUCGUUGACCUGCUUCCGGGAGCACAAAGAGCAGUGCAACCCUGAAACUCGUCCUGUCAAGAAAGAAAUAAGAUCGCAUCUUACUGCAAAAACUAAAAAGCCUGUGGAAAACACAGAUGAUGAUGACGACUCUGUAGCUGAUUUUCUCAAUAGUGACGAGGAAGAGGACAGAGUUUCCUUGCAGAAUUUAAAGAAUUUAGGGGAGUCUGCAGCGCUGAGAAGCUUACUGCUCAGUCCACACCUUAGACAGUUGAUGGUCAGCCUCGAUCAGGCAGACGACAAGGCAAAGCUCAUGCGAGCCUGCAUGCAGGAGCCUUUGUUUUUGGAGUUUGCUGACUGCUGUUUAAGGAUCGUGGAACCGUCCCCGAACGAGGAUUCUUAAGGUGGAUUAUUGUGCUGCCUGCUCCUCCCAGGAGGCCAGCUCGUGUGGGGCCCUAGCAGGGGCGGCGCUUUCCGGACAUUGACCGGCUGACCUCAGGUAGGUCCUGCACAUCCUUAUGUCCAUUGCUGCAGGCUGGGGUGCACGCGGAUGGAGGUACUCCAGGUGGCAAACCCAGGUGGCAAACCCUUUAUGGAGAGAGAACUUGACAUUCAGAUGGUUGUUUUUAAAUGUUUUAUUUUCGGUCCAAUUAAGACAUAAAUGAUAUGGUUUUCACACCCAUUUGAGUUAAGACUCGAUCAGUGUUUCAGAAUUAAAGUGGUGGUUCUGUGGUGCAUUGCAUUGCUUGUCAUUCUUGAUUCAUAAUCUAGUUGCUUGAAAUUACAUUAAACAACAAAUAUUUAAAUAGUAAGCUUUGUUCCUUUUAAAGGAACUAAAAGGCAAAAUUUCAGCCAAAAUUUUAGAGCUCAUUUCAAGCUGACUUUGCCUGUGGGGUUGGAGGAGGGGGUACCUGCUGUCCAGCACCACCGAGUGGGUUCUGUGAAGGCCCUAAAGUUUCUUAAUCCAGGUUUGGUAGCUACCAGCCCUGACACCUGUCAGGGCUGGAGGCGUAGAUCGGCGCCCCGGGCCACUGGUGCAGCUGCCGCCCCGGCCUGGCCAGCAGGCUGGAGCCACGGCUCCCGAUGUGUGCUCCGAGUCGCUGUGGGAGUUGUUUGGCAGCUGUGUGUUGAUUAGAUGUCUUUGGCAAGGCAGCUGGCAGGAAAAGGCCGUGGAGAAACAAAGGCACCAGGGAGGGCCCAGCCAGGUGAGGAUGGAAUGUGAGGAGAGAUCACACGUGGCCCAGCCUGUGUCUUUCCAGCAGGAUCUGAUUAAAGCCAGUAACACUGUUGGGCGAAGGUUCAGGGCAGAUGUCAGCAUAGCGCAGUGGAGACUUCCUGCAGUGAAACUUUAUCGAACCCUGGGGAAAGAGAUGCAGCUUAACCCCAGCUCCCAGGAGUGCCAGGGCUAAAGGUACCUGACAGAGUGAACGCUAGAAAUGCAGGGAGGCAGGGACAUGUAAGUAAGUACCCAAGUGAGAGUCACAGCAGUAGCACGAUUGAGUUAGUCAAUGUUGUUGUCUUCUCCUUAUUCUAAAACAAUGGCAAAGUCCAAAACAGUAUUAAAAUAUAAAAUUCCACAUCCAUUCAAUGUGAGACAGAUGAGGAAACACUAGGAGGGAGCUCCCCCAUACUAGGAGUAUGGCCUGUUACAUUCUUAUGCCUGCUUAAAGAUGGAAGAUCAAAGAACUGCACUUCUGUUUACACUCUGGCUGGCCUGUGUGUUGUCAUGGAGAUUUUAUCUAGAUUAGGAAAUUCAGUGUUUCCUUCCUUCUGCCUUGUCAGUGUCACCUAAUCCUUGUAAAAGGUUGCUAUUAGCCCUUUUCUGUGCUGGCUGGCUCUUUCCCUGGCUGCUCUUAAUAUAAAUUCUUGGCCCACUGACUCACGUGCUUGUCAUUUCCUCGGCUGGAAUAGGAUAAACCAAAGACUACAACUUGGGGAGAACAAGGUGCCGUCAUCACAACCACAAUUUUUUGGAAGUUGGGCUAAUUUAAAGGCGAUUCAGAGGAGACGCUAGAUCAUUUAGAGGCAGCUUUUAAAAAGUGAAAGGGCUCUGGAAAACCCCUCCUCGUAACAAUGCGAGGGACGUGCAGGCUUCUGGUUUCCCCAGCAGGGUCAGGAGGCUCUUCUCGCAGCCUCGGUCCUGCUCCUGCUGUGACUCCCGGGCUCUGCCCCCUGCCCUCCACAGUGGGGCGUGAGGGAUCUGGAGCUGUCCUGGCAGGACGGCCAGCCCGUCACACGGCUCACCUGAGGCAGCGCUCGGAUGGACGUGACUCCAGCUUGUUCUUGUGCUGUCUGGACAGUGUAGCUGCUGGGGCUGCCCACGGGGAGCGGGAGGCAGGCGAAGACCACCAGCUUCCUCCGGAAGCCAUAAGCACCCACGGCGGCGUUGGCCAGGACCAGUCCCAGGGGCCAGAAGCGGGUUACUGCCCCCAGGAGCCUGGUCUGUGCCUGGGGCAGUGGCGAGGAGCUCGGGGAACAGGUGACUUGAGACGAGCGUUGUUCUUCCACACCAUCCAGUUCUUUAGAAGCCAGGAAGGCCAUUCUAAUCUUAAACAGAGAACACCACUUUAUAGCUUUCUCUUAAUGCAAAACAGAAUCCAAAAGUCUCUUUAAUAAUUCAGCUUAACAAGGUGAACUGAAGGGCACCUGGUUUGAUGUGGCACAACUUUAUGGCCAAGGCAGCUGUGCUGAGGCCUUACAUAUGCUGCUUUAAAAAACUAACAGCCUUUGGGGUGUGCUCAGAGCAGGGAGUCUGAAGAAAUGGCUCGUCUGUUUACAACACACCCGACAGGAAUCAGGGUUCAUUGUGACAAGGGGCACAAAACUUGUGGCCUUCCUAUGAACAGAUACCCAACACAUAUCCCCCCUUCACCUGCACGUGGCUGCUGGGCAGGACCAGUGGGACAGGCCUCAGUACUGGAAGGAAAGCUACAGUAUUCAGUGGGGGAGUUUGCCACCUGGAGCCUGUCCGGUCCACGUGUGGCUGGGCCGUGAGUGGUGUUACAGGCAUAAAGACUUUGAACCCCUCUCUUCAAGGAAAAAAGAAAAAUAGAUUCCGUGUAUAUGCCAUUCUGGAAAAGGCAAAACAAUGGAGACAAUAAAAAGAUCAGUGGUUGCCAGGAGUUUGCGGGGGAGGGAAGAUGAAUACAUAGAAUACAGAAGUUUUUAUGAGCAGUGAAAAUACUGUGUAUGACACUAUAAUGAUUUUAUGUCAUCAUACUAUCGUCCAAACCCACCAUAGAACGUGCAACACUAUUCACUUCAUAAAGCGAACCCUAAGAUGAACUAGGGACUUUGGUGAUUAUGAUGUCAGUGCAGUUCAGCCUUAGUUUAAAAAAAAAAGUCUUAAAAAGAAUUAACACUCAGGGUAGACUUUUUGGCAAAACCUUUGUUUCACUUUUAUAUAUGUAUACACGUUAUAUAUGUGUCUGUUGGACUGUAAUGUAAAAUGUGCUUUUUAGAAUAAAAAAGUUUGCAGGUUA